CGGAGCCGAUGUCUCCGAAGCGGAAGUGGGUCGCUGAUGAGGCGGCGGCAUCUUGCUUGAGGGGCUCUCCUCGGCGGCCGGAGAAGGAGCUUCCUCUCUGGAGUGUGACGGCGGCGGCGCCUGCGGACAUAACCAGCUACAGGACUUGAAAAUACUGGAAAUCUGCCCAGAUCCAAAUUCUUCUGCAAGCCAGAUGAGUAAUCAGAGGGCAUGAAAGGUUGAGAACACUUGACUUCCCUGCAAACCUUGGCAUAGAUCACUUCCUUUUCUGUACAUUGGCACCAAAGAGCACAAUGAGUACAAGAAAGCGUCGUGGUGGAACAAUAAAUUCUAGACAAGCCCAGAAGCGAACUCGGGAAGCAGCCUCCACCCCGGAGAUUUCCUUGGAAGCAGAACCCAUAGAACUUGUGGAAACUGCUGGAGAUGAAAUUGUGGACCUCACCUGUGAAUCUUUAGAGCCCGUCGUUGUUGACUUGACUCACAAUGACUCUGUUGUGAUUGUUGACGAAAGGAGAAGACCAAGGAGGAAUGCUAGGAGGCUACACCAGGACCAUGCUGACAGCUGUGUGGUGAGCAGUGACGAUGAAGAGUUGUCCAGGGACAGAGACGUGUAUGUGACUACCCACACUCCCAGAAACACCAGGGAUGAGGGCGCUGCAGGCCUCAGGCCCUCUGGUACUGUCAGUUGUCCUAUCUGCAUGGAUGGAUACUCAGAGAUUGUGCAGAAUGGACGUCUCAUCGUUUCCACAGAAUGUGGCCAUGUCUUCUGUAGCCAGUGCCUCCGUGAUUCCCUGAGGAAUGCUAAUACUUGCCCAACUUGUAGGAAAAAGAUCAACCACAAACGGUACCACCCCAUUUAUAUAUGAAGUAUUCAGAGCUGCUCAGAGAGACGGAUGGACAGACAGACAGCCAGGUUUUCCAGUGGUAUCUAUCUGCCUCCAUUUUCCUGAGCUCAGAAAGACUGUGUCGAAACCAACGUCCAAUAUGUAAACUGCUCUUUUGUUUCCAACCCCUUCCUUUUGUUAUCUCCAGUCUAAUGCUGUGGCGCUGGACUCAGGACCCUCCAAGGUCUUCUGUGUUCCCCUGGGGUGGUCGGUUCUAGGGUGGGAGAAAGGGAGGAGUCAGGCACAUUGUAAUUGGGAAUUGUGGUUCUAGUCUGGUUGGAGAACGUGCACAGUUGCCAAGAAAUUUUCCCUGUUUGGAAAGUUUGCCCCAGCUCCCCGGGCACCCCACCUCUUGUCCCAAGUGUCUGCCGGUUGACCAGUCUGCCUGCCCACACAUUGACCAAGCCAGACCUGGUUCACCCAGCUCGAGGAUCCCAGGUGCAAGAGUGGCCCCUUGAG